CUCAACCACGCGUCAUUUUCUAUUGAAAUCUUCCACUGACCGGCCCGAACAGUAGACUAUCUUUGGUCUACAAAUCCAAGUAAACCGCCCCAUGAAGUGGAAACUUUGAUCAACCCUCCUGAUAAAUACCCAUUACUCAUGAGCAAAUUAUACACAAAACAACCUCUCUCUCUCUCUCUCUCUCUCUCUGUGAGUGCCUGUGAGCAACAAGAAAAGGAGAAAACUGAAAGGCUAAACGCCAACCGUAGGAACUCAAAGAAAGAACACAGCCAUGCCAAGAAAAGGCAUAUCAAACCUCUUCUUAUCGUCCAAGCCACUUUCUCCUUCCUACUCUUUUCCAAGCCCUCACGUUCAACUCACGCCCAAACACACAUUCUCAGAGUCCAUGAUGGAAGAGAACAUAGAAAAUGCCGAGUCCAUCAUCACUAAAUGGGACUUGAACAACUCCGACAACACGGUCCCCUCUCUCUUCCAGGACAACAGAAGAGAAUCGAUGCAGUUUCUCACCUCCGUCAAGGACCUGCGCCAAGCCAUGGAUUCCUUACUCUCUACAAACUCCAAUUCUGAUAAGCUUGUGCUUGCCCAAAACCUGAUGCAAAUCGCCAUGAAAAGGCUUGAAAAAGAAUUCCACCAUAUACUGUCAACUGACCAGAACCAACUGGAUCCCGAGUCAAUUUUGGGCCGAUCCUUCGGUGGAUCGAGCACAUUUGAUUGCGAAAUGGAGGAGGAAUAUUCUGGGGAGCUGAUCACUGAAGCAGGGCCCAUCUCGGAACUUGCCAUGGUGGACCUUAAGUCCAUAGCAGAUUGCAUGAUCAGUUCUGGCUAUGGAAGCGAGUGCGUCAAAAUUUACAAACUCGUCAGAAAGUCCUUCACCGAUGAAAAUCUAUAUCAACUUGGGAUUGAACGAUUCAGAUCUGCCCGAAUUCAAAAACUAAGCUGGACUGCACUUGAUCACAUGAUCAAGAACUGGCUAACUGCAGUAAAGGUUGCAGUGAAAAAUAUCUUCAGAGGGGAAAAAAUCCUCUGUGAUCAUGUUUUCUCAGCAUCCAACAUAAUCAGAGAAUCUUGCUUCUCUGACAUCACCAAGGAUGGAGCAAUCAACUUAUUCAGAUUCCCUGAAAUAGCAUCCAGAAAUAAACCAUCGACAGGAAAGAUCUACCGUUUCAUGGAACUCUAUGAAGCGACAUAUCAACUCUGGCCAGACAUUGAAUCAAUAUUCAGCUACGAGUCCACCUCAGGAGUCAAUUUACAAGCACUCUCCUCACUAGUUAGCCUUGGCAAGACAAUCCACAACAUUAUUGCGGAAUUUGAGUCCACCAUUCAAAACAACUCUUCCAGGAUGACGGUUCCUGGCGGUGGGGUCCCCCUGACCCAAUCUGUCAUGGCUUUCAUUUCCUCCCUUGUUGAUUACAGCGAAAUCCUAUCUGAGGUUCUUUCUGACCACCCGCUGCCUAAUAACUUUACCAUGCCAGAGUCAAAUUUUGAGAGUCCAGGCCAAGAAGAUGGCCCCACCACAGCUGUGCCAGUCCACCUGGUACGGCUCAUAUUAGUUCUUCUAUGCAAACUAGAUACCAAAGCCGAGCUGUACAAGGAUGUCUCUUUGUCCUAUCUCUUCCUAGCAAACAAUCUUAACUAUGUUGUCGAAAAGGUAAUUACCAACCUUAACUACCAGCUUGGCCAUGAGUGGCUCUCAAGGCAUGCUAGGAAAGUCGAGCAAUAUGCAUCAAGCUAUGAAGCACUUGCUUGGAAUAAGGUAUUCUCAUCGCUGCCUGAGAGCAACUCUGCGGGAACAUCUGUAGAAGCGGGGAAGGGUAUUUUCAGGAAAUUCAAUGCAGCCUUUGAAGAAGCAUGGCAGAAGCAGACUUCAUUGGUCAUACCAGACAGGAGAUUGAGGGACAAAGUAAAGGUAUCAAUUGUGAAGAAACUUACGCCUGCAUAUAGAGAAUUUUACGACACUUAUUUAGGUAUGCUGAGUGGGGAAACAGACUUGGGAGUCCUGGUGAGAUUUGGUCCCCAUGAUCUGGAAAAUUAUUUAUCGGAUCUGUUCCAUGGUGCUGUGGUAUCUGGGAGUUCUUCCUCGUCCUCUUCUUCACAUUCGCAGGGUUGCUUGCCAAGAUGAAAAAAUAAAUUGCGAGUUCUAGUAACGUCUGGAAAAUUUUCUUUAUGUCAGUUGAAAUUCUUAAAUGGGAAAAGGCAGAGCCAAUCUGGCCUAGUUGAGUAAAGACAUGUUCAAUUACUUCAA